AUGCGCUUUUCCGGCAGCAUUUUCGGCCUCAUGGCACUCUUUGCGAUCGGAGCAAGGAGCGCGGCCCUCGACCCCAAGUCAAUGCCCGAAGGCACACAGCUCAGGGCUAGAAGCGAGGCACCGGGCUACGGAGCCGAAGGCGGCUUCGGUCUCACAGGGACGACACCAAGCCCAGCCGCAGCUGCAGACGAGUCUGGGCAGAAGAGAUCUGGCGGCACACAAGCGGCGCAAACAAUCGACUUGCCGAAGCCGGAGGAGGCGCCCGUGACCAGCCAGUCCCGUGGCGUUGAGGCGGCUGCUACCGCCAUGGACCAUCGUGACUGGCGCGACAAGGACGGUCCCGCGGUCAGCUUGCAACGAUACCUCUCCCUCAGUGCCAAGAACCCUGUUUUGACAUCGUCUUCGUUUGCGGAGAGAUACACCGAAGCUUCCAAGUCUGGUAACAAUUCGCAGUUCCGCGAUAUCGGUGCUGGUUAUUUCGGCAAAGUCUUCGAACAUCCGGGUACACUCUUCGUGUACAAGCUCAACAACCCAGGCAGGGAGCUUGACCUGUGGAACAACUAUCUCAUGCACAAGAAGGCGGAGGACAGUCUCACGGCUAUCCCGCAAGCCUCUGGAUACGAAGUGCAGAUCCCGCGCUGCUAUUGGUACACCAACAAGGAUACCAUAUUGUUCUGGGACGACAAUCUCGCGAGAUUUCCAGAUACCACGAAGUUCCCACGACAGCGUAGAGACGUCAUGUGCAUGGAACGCGUCUUCCCCCUGCCUUUCCCGAAUGCGCCCUACUAUCCGCGUCCUAUCAAGGGCGAUGCGGAUAUGAUGGCUCUGUGGACCAUGUUUGCGAGGGAAUACCUUGAUAUCAGCAUGAAGAUUCUGAAUGGAGCCAAGAAGCCGGAGAACGCGAAGGUUCUCGACCUCCCAGCUCUGUUCAUUCGAGGAGUUGAGGAGAAACAAGCCAUGGCCAGUGGGAAGUCCUAG